AUGGUGGACAGCUCGGAGGAGGAGGUGGAUGAACCGUGCUUCGAGCCGUGCACAUGCGAGGUCAAAGAGGGCGUGUUGCACGUGCACUGUGAUGGGCGGGGCUUCACUAACGCCAGCCAGGUGUCCCAGUCCUGGCUCCGCCCCUUCAAGCUCAACCUGCAGAGGAACUCCUUGAGGCGUCUCUAUAGCAACGGCUUCCUGCACCAUAGCAAUGCCGUGGCGAUAAACCUAGGCAACAACGCGCUGCAGGACAUCCGUGCCGGGGCGUUUCAUGGUCUGGGGACACUGAGACGCCUCUACCUCCACGAGAACAAGCUGGAGGUGUUCCGCAACGACACCUUCUCUGGCCUGGAGGCACUGGAGUACCUGCAGGCCGACUACAAUGUCAUCAAACGCAUCGACAGCGGGGCGCUACGCUACCUGCAUAAAUUACGAGUGCUCAUCCUCAACGACAACCUGAUCCCUGCUCUGCCUCCUCACCUCUUCAGAUCUGUGUCUCUGACCCACCUGGACCUGCGGGGGAACCGUCUGAAGAGCCUGGCCUACGCCGGGACCCUGGAGUACGUGGGCCGCAGCCUGAUGGAGCUCCAGUUGGAGGAGAACCCCUGGAUCUGUGGCUGUGAGGCUGUCCAGCUGCAGAUCUGGCUGGGACACAUCCCCUACACCGCAGUGGUGGGGGACAUCACCUGCGAAUACCCCUUCCACCUGCACGGGAAAGACCUGAGGGAGAUACCACGCAAAGAACUGUGUGCCGGAGAGGUGGAGGGAGAGGGGGAGAAGGAGGGAGAGAGGGAGAAGCACGGAGGGGUACAGCCUCCUCAGCAUCCGCCCUCUAACCCAAAAGCGAACCCCAACCCUGAGAGGCCCAGACCCACCAAGCCGUCCUCCAUGGUUCACCAUCAGAACACACAUACCUCAUCUUCGUCGACUUCAUCAUCGGCGGAGCGGAGGGGGAGAGAGAGGUCCCCUCGGCCCACUAAGCGUCCCCGGCCCUCCAGGACGCCCCCCACCCAGCGUAGCCUCCUCCCCAACCAGCCCCCUCCCAUCGCAGGGUACCAGACUCGCCCCCCCAUCCCCAUCAUAUGUCCUCUAGGGUGCACCUGUAACCUCCACAUCUCAGACCUAGGGUUGACAGUCAACUGUAAGGAGAGCGGCUUCCAUAACGUCUCCCAGCUCACGCCACGCCCCCUCAACGGACGGAAGCUGUACCUCAGCGGCAACCUCAUCCAGCGGAUCUAUAAAUCAGAUUUCUGGAAUUUUUCCAGUCUGGAUCUACUUCACCUGGGAAACAACCGGAUCUCCUUUAUUCAGGAGGGAGCGUUCUCCAGCCUGCCGACCCUGAGGAGUCUCUACCUGAACGGCAACAACCUGCAGAGGCUUAGCCCACACAUGUUCCUGGGUCUACUUAACCUCAGGUACCUGUAUUUCGAGUACAAUGAGAUCGGUGUGGUGGAAGCGGGAGCGUUCAGCCCCAUGCCGUCUCUCCAGCUGCUCUUCCUCAACGCCAACCUGCUGAGGUCACUUCCUGUCGGAGUGUUCCAGGUCAUCUCCCUCUCCCGCCUCAACCUCCGCAACAACCACUUCCUCAGCCUGCCUGUCGAGGGGGUGUUAGAGCACCUCACUGGACUGGUGCAGGUGGACCUGCAGCAGAACCCAUGGGAGUGCAGGUGUGAUGCGGCCCCUCUGAAGCGCUGGCUGGAGGGCCUGAGUGCGGUGGUGGUGGUGGGGGAGGUGGUCUGUCACUCACCAGAAGAGACCACAGGUACAGACCUUCGCUCUCUUUCCCUGGACCUCCUCUGUCCAGACCUGGACACCCACCAGGCCACGGUGGAGAACCAGGAGGAGUGGAACAGCUCCACAGCCCCAGAUGGUGAUUUCUCUCUGGGCUACCCUGUGCCAGGCCAUGGCCCCCUGGGUCCCCUCCCUAAGACUUCCAUCCCUCUGUCGGUGUUGGUGCUCAGCCUGCUGGUGCUGUUCGUGUCGGCGUUCUUUGCGGCAGCGGCGCUGAUCGCCUAUGCCCUGAGGAGGCGGGACAAGCUGCCGUUUCGGCGGCAGGGAGAGGUGGAUCUGGCCGGGAUCCAGAUGGAAUGUGGGAUUUUCACCGAGCAGCAGCACCACAGGUUACCGGUACCGAAGACCCCUCCUCCUCCUCUGUCUGCCUUGCAGCAUAGCCUCGUCUACGAUAGCAUCCUCCCCGCCGACCCUGGCCCUAACCCUAACCUCAGUCCCUCAACACACAUGUGCAGUAGCCCAGUCUAUAAGAAUGAGGAUGAUUCAGUGGUGAAGCAGCAAUGGCAACAACAGCAGCAGUUCUCUGCUUCUAAAGAGAAAGUCAUAGACAGCCAGGGCCCCACCCCCAAGGUGGGAUUGGUUGACUGCCUCUUUGGGAUCCCUGGAAUGUCCGCCGCAGUCCCAGAGUUCCGAGACCUGCCGGACAGAGGUAAACCUGUGGGUGGCGAGAGCUGUUAG